AUGGAUGGUGCAGAUCAGGAGCCAAGAGGCCACGGCCACCGUAUUGACACGUCCCUGUUGCCGCUGAAGAAGAGGGCAUCAACUACAGCAGUGGUCCUGGCAGAACCUUCAGCGGCGACCCGUACGCGUCUUCGCACAAGAAGAAACGGCUGGACGACGCCAAUGCCCUUGCCGAGACGAAGGACACAGCCGGAGCCUCGGAGGCUCCAAUUCCGCGCCAACAACGCCCCGUGCCAGCUCUGGCUUCACGGGAACCCGCAGCGGAACUCCCAGCGCCAGCAGCAGCGUCGCUGGAGCCCGCAGCGGAAGGCAACAUUUGAUAUCAUCGCACCCUCGCUACGGUUGCCUCUUGAAGAUUUCUAA